GGUGUUUCCUGUUGCCUGCGGCUCCGUAGCUGUCUCGGUGAUGGCGUGGGUUCGGGCUGCUGCUUCGGUCCAGAGCCCGGCCGAGGAGGGGGACGUGUUUGAUGAGGAAGCUGACGAGUCGCUCGUGGUCCAGCGGGAAUGGCGGAAUCACAUGCAGAAACGAGUGAAAGAAGGCUAUAGAGAAGGAAUCGAUGCUGGCAAAGCAGUUGCUCUUCAACAGGGCUUCAAUGAAGGCUAUAAAGAAGGUGCAGCAAUCAUUGUAAACUAUGGAGAACUCAGAGGAACACUGAGUGCUUUGCUCUCCUGGUGUCACCUUCAUAAUAAUAGUUCAACUUUAAUCAGUAAGAUAAAUAAUCUUCUGGAUGCAGUUGGACAGUGUGAAGAGUAUAUGCUCAGACAUCUGAAAUCAAUCACUCAGCAGCCCCACGUUGUAGACUUACUGGACUCCGUUGAGGACAUGAACCUUUGUCAUGUAGUUCCAGCUGAAAAUAAGAUUGAUGAAGCUGAAGACAAAAGACUUCAUGAAGAUAGUGCUGAGUUUAACAAAAACUGUAGCGAGAGUUCUAGUGGGAUAAAUUGUGCAUAUUUAGAAUGUCAUAGAACCCAGGAGCAUGCACAUUCUGAAAACCCAAGCCUCUCUUGGAUUUUAGAACAGACAGCCAGUUUAGUUAAACAGCUCGGAGUAUCAGUAGAAGUAUUACAGCACCUCGGGCAACUAUAACAAUUAUCUUCAUUUUCCUAAUGAAAAUAAUGUUCACCGCAUUUUUUAGAGCAUUGUGUCCUAACAAGGUAACCAAAAUGUGAAGUGGUUUCUGCACUGAACACUUCACCUGUUGGAUUAUCCUUCAUAGAAGCUUGAAAUGUCUUCAAAACUGACACUAUUAAAUAUAACAUACUCCUUUUUCUUUGUCACUGGUAGUUUUUAUUUAGUUCAAGAUAUAUUGGGGCCAGUAUUAUAGCAUAGUGGGUUAAACCACCACCUGCAACACCAGCAUUCCAUAUGAGCACCAAUUGGAGUCUCAGUUGCUGCUCUUCUGAUCUAGCUCCCUGCUAAUUUGUCUGGGAAAGCAGCAGAAGAUGGCCCAAGUGUUUGAGCCUCUGCACCCAUAUGGCAGACCUGGAUGGAGUUCCAGGCUCCUGGCUUCAGCCUGGCCCAACCCCAGCUGUUGCAGCAAUUUGGGGAGUGAACCAGCAGAUGAAGAUCUCUCUCUAUAAUUCUGACUUUAAAAAAAACUAAAUGAAUUUUUUAAAAGUGCUCAGAAUUCUAGAUAGCAUUGUCAUUUUCAAAUUUCUGAUCAAAAUCAAGCAUUUUCAGACUCACUUAGUUAAAAUGAACAAGAAUCAGACAUUUUAUAAAAACCUAACCCUAUCUGUUCUGGUCACUAUCAAGGGUCAGGACCUUAUCACCAGCUAGUCAGCAUAAACUUAAAAAUGACUGAAUGAAUAAUAUAAAUACAAAUACAUACAUAUAUAUAUAUAUAUAUACAUGUGUGUAUGUGUAUAUAUAUAUAUAUAUAUACACACAGUGUGUUUAUAUAUUGAAAUUAAGAGUGCAUGAGAAACUGAGGCACUUUAUACUGUUGAAAAAUGAUUAAAUCAAAAUGCUAGGACUCAAGUUUCAUGUUUAAGGACAUCCAAUUUCAUGAAAAAUACAGAAAAUACAUUUCAUAUUCAAGUCUAAAGAAAUGUCACUUAGUUUUUCCAAGUAGUAAGGAGUUAGAAGUGUUGUCUAACAUGUCAGGUUAUUUCUAAACUGCAGUUUUGCUUCAGGUUUGUAUAAGCAUAAAACACUGAAACCGUGGCUUUCUGUAUUUCUUUGAAUCAGUAUUAGUAAUGCAGACAAAACUUGGUCAAAAUUUUUUUUACUCUACAACGUAAACCCAUCAAAACUAGGAAAGAUGGGACCUGUGCUGUGGCGUAUUGGGUAAAGUAGCCACCUGCAGUGCCAGCAUCCCAUUUCAACACCGGUUCAAGUCCCGGCUGCUCCACUUCCAAUGCAGCUCUCUGCUAUGGCCUGAAAAUCAGUGGAAGAUGGCCCAAGUCCUUGCACCGCUGCACCUACACAGGAGACUAGGAGGAAGCUCCUGACUCCUGCCUUCGGAUCAGCACAGUUCCGGCCAUUGCAGCCAGUUGAGGGGAAUGAACCAGCGGAUGGAAGACCCCUCUCUCUCUCUCUCAGUCUCUCUCUCUCUCUCUGUCUUCUUUCUCUGUGUAACUCUUUCAAAUAAAUAAAUAAGUUUUUUUAAAAAAAUUGGGAAAGAAUUUUUCAUCACUCUUCACCUGCAACACAAAUUUGUGAGGGGCCUGACUUCAGAAGCAGCCGGAGUUCCUUUUUGAUAGCUCGAAUUGCUGCUUCACCAGCAUUGGUAUCUUCCAUCUGUGCUCCAAGACAGACGUACUGAAAGAAAAUCUGACAAAAUAAGUCUUUUCAAGAAGUUGAGAAAAUUUACUAAUAUUUUACAACCUUCCUCAGAGUUCACAGGACAUUAAGAAAUUGAAGCAACAGAUUUGAAAUCUUAGUGCCAUGUGAUGUUUCAGGGUUUGCCAAAAUAUGCUGAAGAUAUUAAAGUGACGGUUGAGGAGUAGACGUUUGACAUCAGAGGGUCUGGUCCUAGUCCUGGCUCUGCUUCUGACCAGCUUCCUGCUAAUGUGAAUCCUAGGUGGCAUCAAAUGAUGGCUCAAGUGCUUGGGUCCCUGCAACUCAUGUGGGAGACCCAGUCUCCUGACUUCAGCCCAGCCCAGCCCUGGCUGUUGCAGCAUUCUGGGGAGUAAAUCAGCAGAUCUGUUUUUAAAAAGUGACAUUUGGCAGCUGGUUAAAAAGUUCUUACAGCUCUCCAGAUGUAAACACUUUCCAAGAUUUACUAAUUCAUUUCGUAUGUGCCUAUGUUUAUGGACGCAGCCAAAAUCUCAAAUCCACUUGGUAGCUUACUGGCAGCCCCUAAAGUCUUGAGGUUGCCCUGCCCUGCAUUAUUAGAUAUGAAAAACCCGUUCCUACUAAAGCAUCUCAAGAUCAUGCCAACUAGCGAUUGAGUGGGUGCAUCUUGAACUGCUAUCUGGCCUGCCCUAAUAAGAUUCUUUAUCAGCAAUUAAUUACGAAUUAAUAAGAUAACACCCUUAUGGGGCCAGUGCUGUGGCAUGGCAGGUUAGGCCACUGCCUGCAGUGGUGGCAUCCCAUGUGAGCGCUGCUUUGUGGCUCAGCUGCUCCACUUUGCAUCCAGCUCUCUGCUAUGGCCUGGGAAAGUAAUAGAAGAUGGCCCAAGCCCUUGGGCUCCUGCACCCAUGUGGGAGACCUGGAAGAAGCUCCUGGCUCCUGCCUUUGGAACAGUGCAGCUCCAGCUGUUGGCAGCCAAUUGGGGAGCAAACCAGUGGAUAAAAGACCUCUCUCUCUCACUCUGCCUCUCCUUCUCUCUGUGUAACUCUUUCAAAUAAAUAAAUAUCUUUAAAAAACUUUGCCAUAGCCGGCGCCGUGGCU